CAUAGGACCCUGGUAUCGUGGUGGUUCGGGUUGUCAGUGUUUUUAGUGUCAUGGCUUCUAGUUGCAAAAAGAAGUUCUUUAAUACUAUCAAUCUGAAAUAAAAUCCACGUAUAUUGUGCAUAUAAUUGAUUAAUUUUGCAAAAUAGAACCACGUUUUGCCAACUGAGACGCCAAAGACUGAUUUUGGGCUGAGUUCUAGAAUGGCUGCAGCCGUUCAAAAGAACGGCAUAAAAUCUCUUUCCAACGGCAAUGUCCUUGUACAUCAUCAAAUGCAAAAUGUUGGUGCCCGUUUUGACACCACACUAGCAGCUCAAAACCAGGGGUACCAGUAUGGAGAGACUGAAAAAAUCAAAGAUGGGUCCGCCGAGGAAACUUUGGAACAGAAAGCGGCAGAAGAAGUUGUGGUAGCCCAACAUGACGAAACAGAACCGGAGAUAGACAUUGUAAUAAACAAUGUGGUGUGCAGUUUCAGUGUUCGGUGUCACUUAAAUCUACGCGAGAUCGCGUUAAAUGGUACAAAUGUAGAGUACCGAAAGGAAAACGGUAUGAUCACUAUGAAGUUGCGCCGCCCAUACACAACCGCCAACAUUUGGUCCUCGGGAAAGGUCACUUGUACGGGUGCUACAAGUGAGGAUGCCGCCAAACAGGCUGCCCGUAAAUUCGCGAGAUGUUUGCAAAAACUCGGAUUUAAUGUACGAUUUAACAAUUACCGUGUAGUUAAUGUGCUAGGCACGUGUUCAAUGCCAUUCGCUAUCAGGAUCAAUUCCUUCUCAGAAAGGCAUCGGGAAGCUGACUAUGAGCCUGAGCUUCAUCCUGGUGUCACCUAUAAGUUAACAAAUCCUAAAGCAACGUUGAAAAUUUUCUCUACGGGCAGUGUAACUGUUACAGCACCCAGUGUAGCCGACGUUCAAGCAGCAAUCGAACAUAUCUUUCCGCUCGUUUACGAGUUCCGAAAAGAACGUUCAAAAGAGGAGAUGGACGCGUUAGCCAAGAAAAAACUGAAACAGUCCGCCUAUUCUGACAUGGAUUCGGAAUUGUUGACCACAAACGAUGACGAUGACGAAGACAUGGACAGCGACGAAGAAAACUGGGGCGGGUAGUGCGUACGCGACGCGUGCUUAGUCUUGCUUUCGAACCGCUUCCUCUUUUAUUAUUUUAAUUGUGAUUGGACCUGAUUAGCUUUACUUUUUUUUUCGUUCGCGUUGAACCAAAUAUUAGACGAUUUUUUUUUAACGAAUUUGGUUAUUGCCGAACCUCAAUAUUUCAGAAACACCUAUUACAUCGGUAAGUUAGUUUCUGUGCACAGUGUGUUUUUUUUAACCUUCAGUCAGAACUUUCAACAAAUAUCUCCCUUUUUAUCCACUUGUUUUUAGUUGGGAGCUAUGAAAGGACAAUAAUAAUCCUCCAUUUGCAGAAGAUUAGCCGAAAAAAAAUCACUCCAUAAAAAUAUUUCCAUUUAUUUAUUGAUGUAAAUAAAGACUGUAAUCAUUUAUUUCUUUUUUUUUAUUAAAAGAAAUGAUUUUAUUUUAUCUUUAUUCUUUAUUUAUGGUAUGAAAGCAGUUUUUUACUUUGUCAUCCUUAUAGGGUAACAGUUCGGUUUGGCUAAAUGCAAGUGUCUGUAGCAAAGGUGAUCAACAUGGGUUUUUUGUAUGUUUUUAGCAUUAGAAUUAAAGUCUGAUGUAUCUUUAGGUUACCACUGAAGAAAAACCUGAAGUUCUAGCUGACUGAAGUCGAGGCAAUUCUCUUAAUUUUUUUAGGGCGGAUCGCCGCUGAGUUGUACAUACACGUCUUUCCUUUUGUGAAUGCGUCGUCCACAUUGUUCUUGUGCAAUAUUUAUUUGUGGAGUGUAUUACUAUUCUUUUUAAAUUAUUCCUAACGAAAGAUAUCAAAAAGUAUGCGAAUUUAUCACGAAUAAAGUUUUGAUUUAUUUUUUAAGCCAUUUUUGUUUCAGCACUGAAAAACUUGCCACAUUUCGCACUCGUAUUUUUCUAUGCGAUUUUUGUCAUUGUAUGUAUUGGUUGCAUAAUUGUGACAUAACGGAACGUCAUUCGUUUUUCGGUUGCAUGGCAAAGCAUAGUGAAGUAAAUACUCAUGUUGCCUGCAGUGUGGGUGAUUCCUACGGAAGACAUUAUACCAUAGGGGAAACCAAGUGAGUCAUUCCAUAAUACAGGAUAAGGAAGUCCAUCGUUUUGGCAUCACUGCAUUGCUUUAGAAAUGUUAUCAGUUAUGAGUGAGUAAACUAUUAAUAUAUAAUAAGAUAGUAAAAAUGGAAACUAUGAGUUUUACUAGGACAUUUCAAUUCGUCGUUUUCCUUAUUUUUUAAAUAUUUUCAUCGAGCAUGUAUAUGUAUUCAUAUAGAUCAUUAAACUCUAUGUUUCUCUUUCUUUUGAAUGUUAAAUCAAAAAUGGUAUUGAUAAGUAAACAAAGGAAUUUUAACAUCAUUUGAGAUUUCUCUUGAGGAGGGUUUAAUAAAAUUUUCCCAUCCUAUGAAUACUUCUGGUUUCCCUGUGGUUAUAUGUUUUUCGAAUUGUACCAUAUACACAGUGUUCCAUCAGGAAGCAUUAUGAUCUGUUAUAUGUUAUUAAUUUUUCAUUUUCUAAGAAAAUUCUGGUCAUCUUUCAGCUGUAUUUGGAUGUAUGUAUUUAAUGUUGCCUGUCAAAAAUGAAAUUUACAUAUUGAAGUCAUUAUAAUUUCAAUUGAGCGAGCUUUUAAAAAAAUAUUUCUAUUUUACAAAUGAUCUAUUUUAAUAACUAUUAAUCCAGAUUGUCAAAAAAUAUAUUGAAAAACCGACGAAGCUAACCCGAAUCGGAAAUCGGUUAUUUAGCAUUAAAAAAAGAAGACAACCUUGCCCUGUGCUAAAGUAAAAUGUUGCUUGUCACUCAACAAACUAAUCGGUUAAAACGAAAUAGAUUGCUAGUUUGGCUGCUACAAUGUGGCUAAGAUAGCUGAGAUUAAUUGAGUGUAACAGCCGUAAGGUAUAUUUUCCUCGUAAUUAUACUUUGUAGAUAGUUUCUAAUGCUAAAUAAGAUUCGAUUCUUAAAAUUCAAUUCAGUUCAGCUAGUUUUUCAAAUUUAAUUUAAUGUCACAUUUUUUCUAUUAAUAAUUAAAUAGUAAAUAUAUUUUUAAAAAAUAAUUAAACAUAAAUUUUCUCUGCACAAGAGUUUACUCUAAUGAAAUUGUAAAUGUAUCCUGUGUGUUGGGUAAUGAUAGGUCGUAAUUCCAAUAAGAGUACAACAUUUUGGUGCUUGUUAAAUUUGUGGUCUACUCGAGUUUUGGUUAGUUGUAGUAUUUCACUUCGGAUUUAUUGCAACAACAAACUAAUGAAAUAAGUAUCCAUAUGCUUAUUAACAAAAAGUAUUUUUUGAGACCUCUUGGUAACCAGGCAGAACACAUGUUGGUACCGUGCAUUUUUCUAGUCACUGGAACAUAUAAUCAUCAUCCACUUGAUAAAACCCUCUAUAGGGUUAUUCCAAUCAAAUGUGAAUCAGUAUAAUGGAAAAUUCCCAUAACAAAUUGAAAUGCUUCCCGAUGUGACACCCUGUAAAGCGUCGUGCUCAGUGAGACGGGUGUCGGUUAUUUUGUGCAGUAGUCGUGAGUAGACAGUUGCUCAAAAAGCUCUCCCGUCCACUUACGUCUCACUAUGAUGAGCUAAACGUCAUUGAACGACGUAGGCGGAAGAUCUCUUCACAGUGAGUUUUUUUGACAUUUCAUCAUUGGUUUGCGGAAUAAGUCUAUCUCACAAUGUUUGCUCUCUCAUAUUUAUUUGUAUCGUAACCACUUCCUAAUCGAUCUUAUUCUACAGCUCAUUUAGCCACAUUCGGAUGAAAAUAUUUACUUCCGGAAAACACGGAAAUUGCACACCCUUGAGAAAUCUUUCUGUUUUUGUUUAAUAACGUUCGUUUGUGGUGCCUUUCCCAAUCAUUAUAAUGUUAUGUUCAAAUAAUUUCCGCGUUGGCAAAAUGUUUAGAAAAUCGCAGAAAAUUGUCGAAAAUUAAAUAUUUACUUGAAAUUCCUCCCGUUGUGGUAAUUGAUGUAACUGAUACUUGUGUACCUACUUAAAUUUCAAGAUAAUAGUAUCUCCAAUCCUUCUUCCACAAAUAAAAUACGUGUACCUACCAUAAAGUAUAGAUGUAGAUAGAAAUAUGAUAUUAGUUGGGCCUAUUAGUGUUUUUCAUUUUAAAAUACUAAACGACACGUUUUAAAAUUAUUUUGUAAAAUUUUUCGUAAAUUUUUAGCCAAAGAAAAACUAAUUAAUGUAAUUGAUGUGCAUUAUUCAUCAAAAUAAUUAUCUAUCACUUUGCUCGUAUAUCACAAGUUGAACAAAGAUGUUUGUGUUUUCUUGCGAUUCGGGACGAGAUAUUCGUAUUCUGGCGUAUCAAUCGCAGUUCUUAAAGUAAUAUUUCAUAUAUAUAUUAUAGCAAACCUAUAACUGAAUCUCUUUAGGGUAUUUUGUAAAGAUUCUUACAAUAUUAAAUUAUAUUCAUCAUACGCCUAAUAAUAAAAAAAAUAUAAAAUAAAUUUCCCAAAAAGUGUCUUAUCUGAAAAAUAAUACUACGAAAUUUUCGACUUUUACGCAAAGAUAAAUAUCAACAAUGUUAUAAUAACUACUUUGUGUGCAUAUCUUUUGCAGGGUUAUGUUUUUGUGCGGUUUGAGAGCAAGCAAUCCCCGCGUACCAAGUUGUUUUACAUAGUAUUUAUCAAUUAUGCAAUCCGCCUGCGAAGUAAAGUACAAAAACAUAACCUAUAACCGAUAUUCGACAUAUUCGUCCAAAUCUCGUUUGAUAUGAGUUUCAUAAUAAUAUAUUGUAUAUUUGUACGAUGUGUUUUACCAAUUGACUCGGAAUCACAAAUUAGAAAGCAAUUCAGCAUUUCCUUAAUGCCUUACCAUAGUAAUAAUAAAUAAACCCAAAUAUAUCAUUGGAAUAUUUAUCAAGAACUAUCAUUUUCGUGGUAGACAUAGUUUUUCUUGUAUUUUUUAUUAAGAAAUAUUGAACGCUAUUUCUAUUUUUUUUUUCGUGUCAAAGUUCCCUAUAGUGUACAAUAAAAUGGUCUCAAGAACCUAUCAAUAUUUUAAGUACCUACUGUCAUUCAUUUCGUUUUUGCGCACUCUGUCACGAAUUGCUAGUAUGUGUAUGUAUUAUCCAAUACCAAAACAGUUGUCUUUUAGUGGUUAUUUUGAACAAGAGUUGAUUGUAUUUUUUCAUUUCAGCAUUAAUGUCCCACUUGUUCUCUGUAACAAUUAGAUUCGUUUCGUUUUAAUUUUUACUUGUAACUGUAGAGAUAUAAAGUUUGUCUCAA